GCAUCACAAAAUCUCCGUAGUUUAUGUAAAGAAAACAGAAUGCAGUGGUUUUUCGCUCUACACUCUUCUAGUUCAAGUCAUUUGUUCUUUUGUCACGUGACUCCCAUAGAGGUUAUGCAGAAGCCCCGCCUCUCUGGUAUCGUCCAAAAGUACACGUCCCAAAGCCACGCCCCUUUUCCAUGGAAACCAGUAAACAAACAAUUUAUUUUUCUGGCGACAGAACGAUCAAAACUGUUUGUGGGUAAUAUUCAAAAUAUAUAAUAUAAACACACUUUAUACAUGAAAAGCUUGAAGAUGCAGGACAACAACACAAACAAAAAUGCUGGUAUUAAAAACCAGGCACUUAAAGGUGGGUAGAGUUUUGAUGCUUCUGCCUUCAGUGUAUGAAAACACCAGUCAACAUUUGGUAAUGCGAGGCCUGAAAAACAAAUUCGAAAGCCUUGAGAAAAGCAUUGGCUCAACGGAGGAAAAACUCUCCAAAAUAAAGAACGAGUUAAACAAAGAUGUCAAAUCUCCUCUCCCAGGAAAUCAAACCCAGACAAACCUGAGAGCAAAGAGAGCUGCAUCAGACAUGCCACCACCCAGUGCUGCUAAAACGCCUCGAUUUGAUGCUGCACCUCACAAACACACAACACAAUCCCUCAUCACUAGUGCAUUAGAAACACUGCAGGAUUCCUGCUAUGAUGUUUUAUCUCCAAACUGGAUUGAUGCACUACUUAAAGGGAAAUGUGAACUUCCUUCUCUGACAGAUGAAGAAAAAUCUGUCAUUUCCAAGUUUUGUGUAAAUGAGUCGUUAGCAGAGACGUUUCUGAAAGUGGUUUUGGACAAGAUCAAGGCGGAGAAAGAGUCUAUGGGACAUGAACUCCUGCAGUCUCUCUGUAGGGUUUAUGUGGGAUUGUGUCAAAAGAGAGGAGACUUAUAUAAAGCACAUGCCCUCGCCUACAGAUUUCUUAAAGAAGACUUUUCUGAAGCCCCAAAACUGAUAAUAGUCAUGGUGACAGCAUGGCCAAGUGUUUUCUCCCAAAACAGCCCUUUAUGCAGAGCCAUUCACAUCGUGUGCAAAAUGAAGGCAUACGGAAAGAUUUAUUACGUGCUCAGCAAAUAUCUGCACUGGCAUACGGAGCCUCCAGGAAACAUCUACAGAGCCAUCACCAGCACACUGAAGGCUCUUCUGGAAGACAAAAGUCUGACAUUCCAGAAGAGCAGUUGGUAUGGUGAUGAUCUCUGUCCUGCUGCCUGGGACUACGUAUUCAGCCUGGACCUUCUCUCUGCACAACUGGGCUGGAUUUGGACCGUCACCCAUGUUAUACGAAAGGGUGUGUUGCUCAUCUUGAAAACUCGGCUGUUGCAAACACAAACAGAGGAAACGUUCAAAAACGUCUCUGUAGCAGCAAUUUUCAGGCUACUUGGGCGACUUGGCCAACAAGGCCUGAAGGAGAAUCUGGCAGCAUCAGUCGAAGAUCUGGGAAAAAGCAUAACUGAGUUUGGGAGACAAAAUGAUUUGCCGUGGGAGGUGCAGCUCGCUGUGGUUUAUGCCACUCAUGAUCUGGCACCCAGCAACCCCAAAGUCGCUCUGAAGGCUUUGGAAUCAUGGAAGCAAAACCUCACAAAGCCCGUUCCUCCAGCCGUCACCAAGUGCCUAAAGCAGAUCGGCUUCCUCUGUUCCAACAUAAAGCUAAAAAAUUAGAUCACCUCAAAUCAAUUAUAAUAGAUUGA